AUUCAAGAGAAUUGUCAGCAGAAAUCGAAUCAGAUUCUGGAGAACUGUCAGCAGAAAUCAAAUCAGAUAUUGAGAGUAUUCAACUAUUAAUUGAUAAACUAGACUUUAAAGAACCAAUGAUGGCAGAAGAAUAUAUUAAUGUUGAUGAUAAUGUAAUGACUGGAGGAGGUCUAACAGAUGAAGAAAUUGUGGAAAUGGUAUGCCCUUCUAAUAAAGAAUUCAAAGAAGUUAAUAACGAAAUAACAGUUCGACCUAUUGUAUUGGUUAAAGAAGUGUUAGGGGAUGUUAGUAAUGCAAUAGAAUUUUUGAUAAAUCCUCUUGAGGAUUUUACUUCUGAUGUUAAAAUGAUAUUAGAAUUGCGUAAAGUACAAAGUCAAUUGUGGACUUAUUAUAUGUCAAAGAAGAAACAAUCAACAAUAGAUA